UCAAAGGAUUUCGUGUCUGAAAUGGAACAUCAGACUUCAUCCACCGAUUCUCAGGAGGCAAAACCUGUCAUGCCAAUUAAGACCAAGGCAGCCUAUAAAUUUUAUCCUCCUCAUAUUCUUUGUGGAAUGGAAGCGAGGAAGAACAAGCGUGCGAAACGCAGCCAAAGGGCUUCCACAAAGAAAAAUAGUGGAGAAGCUACUCCACCUGCGGCUAAGAAGACCAAAGUGGCUGAGAAGCCACCAGUGCUGAUAGAGGUACCCGCAGCAGUGGCACCUGCCACACCGGAGGCAACAGCCGCAGCAGCGGCACCCGAGGCCCCAGCGGCACAGGCCGCACCCGAGGCCCCAGCGGCACUGGCCGCACCCGAGUCACCAGCGGCACAGGCCGCACCCGAGGCCCCAGCCGCACCCGAGGCCCCAGCGGCACUGGCCGCACCCGAGGCCCCAGCGGCACAGGCCGCACCCGAGUCACCAGUGGCACUGGCCACACCUGUGUCAAUGGCACCAUCCCUACCAGCCGCACCAGAGGCACCAGCAGCAUCGGCCGCACCUGUGUCAUCAGUGGCACCAGCCCUACCAGCCACACCAGAGGCACCAGUGGCACCAGUGGCACCACAGGUCCCAGCAGCUGCAGUGGUCGAGGAGGAAGCCAUGGUGCCCCUGGAGGAAGAAGCGACCAGCAGGGAAGGGGUGGCUACUACAACCACUCCCUUGGUCUAG